ACACAGGGUCAGCACACACUGAGAGGCAGGUGUGUCCUGGCUGAAGAGGGAACAGGUCUGAUACUGAGAAGAAGACAAAGACACCAAGAGAAGGGCUGUGCAGGACAGCUGCUGAGACUCAACUUCAGGGGUCGUCUAUAAUGCGAUUGGCUGAAGAGAAGAAAUCACCUGAAGACGACAUGAGUUUAGGGGCAGCGUGCAUUUUCUUGCGUGGAGGGAAAAACAUUUCACGAGGACUGGCUGAUGAUGAGAUAGAUGAGCUGCGUGAUGCGUUCAACGAGUUCGAUAAAGACAAGGACGGGCUGAUCAGCUGUAAGGACCUGGGGAACCUGAUGAGGACGAUGGGUUACAUGCCCACAGAGAUGGAGCUGAUUGAGCUGAGUCAGAACAUCAACAUGAACCUUGGUGGCAGAGUUGACUUUGAAGACUUUGUAGAACUGAUGACUCCGAAGCUGCUGGCGGAAACAGCUGGGAUGAUUGGCAUGAAGGAGCUUAAAGACGCCUUUAAAGAGUUCGACAUAGAUGGAGAUGGAGAGAUCACAACAGAAGAACUGCGGUCCGCCAUGACCAAGCUGAUGGGCGAGCACAUGAGUCGGAGAGAGAUAGACUCCAUCGUGAAAGAAGCAGACGACAACGGAGAUGGCACCGUAGACUUUGAAGAGUUCGUCAGAAUGAUGUCCCAUCAAUGACGGCCGAGGGGAAUGUCAAUGAAGGAAGUACCUUUGCACAUUGGCAGACAUGCAUUGAUACUGAUGCCGUGUUUCUCUACUUGUACUAAUCCAGAACAAUUGUAAUCAUGUGAAAAUUCAAUGUUAGUGCUGCACAGAAAAAUCAAGCAAUAUCAAGUCAUCCUCAGAGGGAAUAUACAGCUAUGCAACCAUGUAAAUGAAUCUAAUGUAAAAAAUAUAUUGAAAAGACUGUGAUAAACUGAUUAAGCUUUAUGGUUUUGUUUGAUGAAUUUGUAAACUCAAAGUUCUUUUUGGAUUGUUUUGUUGAACUGACAAAUUUUUGAAAUGUAUGGAUGAAAUCCAUCAAGUUUAAUAUAGAUAUCUGCCUUAGU